GGCACCGGAAGACCACACGAGCCAAAGUCAUUAGAUUGGACAACUGGAUGCUAAUAACUGAUUGUGUAGGCUUUUCCUUUUGUCCGAAAAAAUGAUGCAGUCUUCAGAACUGCUAUGAUUGCUUUUCUCGCCCGCCCGUCAAUGUGUCGCUGCGUUUGUCACUUUGUUUUAUGGGAUGCUGGGAGGAGGGUGUCUGCCGUUGCAGCAGCUUGAUUUCGUGCUGUAGCCUACUGAAUCCAGAGAUGUCUCGGGUACCGCACAGUAGUGCCGCUGCCUGUUAGUUAGCAAGCUAAUGAACGCUGCCACCGUUUUUCUGUUUCAUAGAUUGAAACGAAAGACAUCUCCAGCAAAGGCUAUACAACACUGAAGCGAUGACUAAAGCAACGGUGUCACCCGCUACUUCGUUUAGCAAGACAGAUGUUCUCAUGUCAGCAUUCGCUAGGAGAGGCGUGUCAUCCUUUUAACAUAGACUGAGACAUCACAGUGUAAUGCAAAUAAACUAGGUUAACUGAUGCAGAAUGAGUCGCCUGUGCUCAGUCAACAACAAUUUCCCCUACGACAACAACACACUAGUCCUGGACAUGGUUCUGAGCUCGCUGUGUGGCAUGCCUCAGCCCGUGAACUGGGAGAGUGUGUCCAAGCUGGUCCCUGGCUUUACUCCAAAGGAGUGUGCGCGGAGGUUUGAGGAGUUGAAGAGCACGGGUAGCUUCCCCCUGCUGGACGAGCAGUGCAACCCCCUGACUGGUGGGAUAGGCAGGGCCUCGUCAGACUCGCUCUCCUCCUACAUCAAGACCUCCCUGCUGGAGCUCACCGGAGAUGCAGGAGACACGCGAGCCAACCAGAGCUCCAUCUCUGUUUCAGGAGGCGGGAGCGUCGUGCCCCAGGGGAGAGCAGGGGCGGCAGCCGAGAAGAAGGCCAAAGUCACCUCGGAGGAUGGGGAGAAGGUCGACGAUGGGAAGAGUCCUAACAUGGUGAUCCACGUGUGCGACGAGGCCAAGAACCUGAAGCAGGACUUCACGUGCCCGCGGGACCUGUUGGUGAGCGAGAUGCGCUACUUCGCCGAGUACCUGUCCGUGGACCCGCAGCGCUGGGAGGAGGUGGACAUCUCCGUGCACUGUGACGUGCAGAUCUUCGACUGGCUCAUGAACUACGUCAAGAGGAACGCGGACACAGAGGGCCACCACGAGAAACCCAGACUGGAACCCGGCAAUGUGAUCUCAAUCCUGAUCUCCUCCGAAUUCUUGAAGAUGGAAACAUUAGUUGAGGAAUGUAUUCAGUUUUGCCACAAAAACAUGAGUGCCAUCGUCGCCACGCCAUGCAACAUGAGCUGCAUCAACAGCAACCUGGCAGCACGCAUUGCCGACCUCUUUAACCACAAUGACGCGGAUGAAAUCAAGGACAAGAAAGACAAAUUCAAAAGCAAAUUAUUCCAGAAGAAAAUUGAGAGGCUCUUCGACCCUGACUACAAGAACCAGGAUUCACCAGGGAACGCUGCCACUCUGUACAGGUGUGGCCUCUGUCUGAAGCUUCUCACCAAGGACACGGAACGAAAAAUCCCCUGCGUCCCGGGGAAGAUCAACAUCGACCCUCGUGGAAACAUCAUCUACACCCACACCAGACACAAGGCCUGGGAGGUCCACGAGUUCCUGACCUCUUUACACGAGGAGCUGAAGUCCUGGGUGCUGGUCUACUGGAGGAUUUGGGGAACCAUCAACUGGCUCUCCUGCUCAUGUUGUAAACAGACAUUCCUGUGCACGGAGCUGUCCCACUGCAAGUACCAUCCGGAGGCCGUGGUGUACGCGGGCAUGGGUGCCGAGCAGGACUGGCAUGGCACGGGCGUCUACCCCUGCUGCAGCCAGAGGGUGCUGCGCUUCGACCCCACAUGCAUGCCCAAGGGGUGUAAGAUGCAGGACCACAAGGUGAGCUGGGCGGAGGGGGGCGACUGCAGCACUCAGCAGGCGGACAGGGCCCAGACCAGGCUGCUCAACGACCUCCUGCUGCACCGCGACGCCGUUUGUGUGUCCCCCAUCACGCUACCAGACAGUCCAGUGGAGUCGCCCCCAAUUGGAGACAAGCCUGCAGACUGUGACAUCCUUCUGGAACCUGGAGUCCUCUCCUGCCACAAACAAGGAGAAGUCACCGCAUUUUCUUUGCUGAAAAACUGGAGUCUGCAAAUGUCCCUGUUGUCUGAAGAUGAGGACUACACCACAGGCUCCGAGGUGACGGAGGACGAAGUGGGGGACGAAGAGGAGGUCUCAAAGAAGCAAGCUGCAAAGAAAGCAAGGAAAUCACAUAGACCACUGAAGAGGCAGGUGUCAUCACCUAACUUUCAUCGGAAAGAGAAGAGUGUUGAUAAGACUGCUUCACGAGAUUCCACUCCGUUUACCGUCAGCAUCCAGAAGAGCAAAUGGGACAGCUCGCGAUCUAUGCGCUUCAACCAGGACGCCCAGAGAGAAGACGACCAACGGAGGAUGGUGGAGAUCAUUGGACAUCUCACCAAGCUGAGGUUUGGAGACCUGGAGCAUAACCGGUCCAAGGAUGCGAGAGAGUAUCAGUAUGCAGGAGGGAUCUACUCCAGGCUGGAGGCCCAGUUCAGAAGUGCCUCCCAGGGGAGCGGGCGACACAGCAGCUCAGACAAGAGCCUCAGAGCAAAGUCGCGAUUUGCACAAUCCCGACCAACCUAAGAGAUCGCACCAGUGGGGCCGGGGCAGGCAACAACAGGCUCCGCUGCCCGGAUGGUUAUUCCAGAAUCUUCCCUUAUCCCUCCCGUAGCCCUCUCUCCUUCUCUACUCCUGAACCAGAACAUAGACCCAGAACCAGACCCCUUCCGAUGCCCACUACGCCACUGUCUGGUUCAGGUAGCCAUCAUGGACUCGGGUCCCCUGCCCCGCUUGGUCUCCUGUAGUUUUUGAAGUCCCCUCUGGCCACAAACGU